AUGUCAUCCACUGGUCGGCAAGCCUUCCGCUUCCUUAAUCUUCACAAAGAUGCCCGCCUCAUGGUCUACGAUGUACUGCCAUCCAACAAAUGCCGUCGGCUGUACGUUCUGGACUCAAACAAUCAAGUUGCUGGAAUAACUGUCAUCGUGAAGAAUUUGCUUGGCUUAGCUAUCAUCUACACCUGCCGCGAUGUAUGUGGCGAGGCGACUGUCUUACGUCGUAGACGGGUAUUAUCUGGAUCUAUGCCAUUACACCUCGAUGUCGAAGAGCGCGAAAUGAACAAAGAUAGCCACUCGUCCUCAAUGCAUCAUUUGAAGAUUGUUCUGAGGUUGAUACGGAGACUUCGUGACCCGUCAGGAUACGAUCCUUUGGCAUAUAGACUGUACCCAGUUGGCGGCAGCCUCCGGUUACGACUUCGCGAACCUUGGUUUGGACCAACGGAUGCCUAGAGCUGUGCUUCGGGC